AACCAGCCCACCCCUCCGGGAGCUCGGUGCCGCCCCUCCGGCGGCGUGUCCCGUGCGGGCCCGCCCCGGCCGCAGCGGCGCGGGCCAUGGCGGAGCUCCAGGAGCGCCUCGAGGCGCUGGAGCGGCGGAUGGAGCGGGCGGAGGCGGCGCUGCGGGAGCGGCCCCUCGCCGCCCUGCGGCUCCACGGGCCGGUGCUGCAGGUCCCGGUGCUGUUCGAGGAUGUGGCAGUGCGGUUCAGCCAGCAGGAAUGGGCAAGCCUGGACGAGGGACAGAAGGAGAUGUACCGGAGCGUCAUGGAAGGCAACUACGAGAUGCUGGUGUCCCUGUACUGUGCCCUGUCCAAGCCUGAACUGUUACUGCAGCUGGAAAGAGAAGAGCUGAGCAUGCUGCCGGAAUCCGAGCCAGAGGCAGCAGAGGUGUCCCCAGAGCUGGCAGUAGAGCCAGCCCGACAGAACUGCACCAGCCAUGAUGCUCUGCUGGAGACAGAGACAAGGGAGAGGGGCUGCAGGGAGCCAGAGGAAAGCAGGAAUGUGGCAGAGAAAAGUGGGAACUUGGUAGAGGAAGGCGAGAACCUGGUGGAGGAAAGCUGGAGCCUAGUGGAGCUAAGUGGGAACCUGAUAAAGGAAAUCUGGGAUGUGGCAGAGGAGAACAGGAGCCCAGCAGAGGAGAACAGGAGCCCAGCAGAGGAGAACAGGAGCCCAGCAGAGGAAAACAGGAGCCCAGCAGAGGAAAACAGAAGCCUGGCAGAGGAAAGUGGGAACCCAGCAGAGGAAAGUGGGAACCUGAUGGAGGAAAGCAGGAGCCCAGCGGUCCCAGAGAACUGCAGCAUACCACCUGUCCCUCUGGAAGCCACUGCUGUCCUGGCGGAUCUCAGCCAGCCGACCCUGUCUCCUCCCCUCCCGCUCUCUGUGCACUGUCAGGAAGCCGUGGGUCAGAACUCUUCUCCCCCUGCAGCAGGAGAUGCUGAAGCAGGGAUCCCCAUGGAGGUGCCACAGGAGGAGGUUGCCGCAGAGAAGCCGUUAAUGCCCAAACCACCCUCUGAGGGUCUGGAACAGGACAAGGGUCAGGAAGAGGAGGCUGUGAAGGAUUCAGGGAAUACUGGCCAAGAGCUGGUGGCCGACAUUCCUGAAGAACCAGGAAAGGAGGUGACACCAGAUGUCCACAACACCACAGAACAGGCAGAUCCCAGCCCAGGGGAGCCGGAGAAGGAGUCCUGCGAGGGCCGGCCCGUGGCCUGGCAGCGAAAUUCCGCCCGGGAAUUUUACUCCUGCCCCAUCUGCAGGAAAACCUUCCUGCUGAAGAUCAACCUCCUGAUCCACCAGCGUGGCCACACCAACUGGGUGCCCUAUGUUUGUGUCCACUGCGACCGCAAGUUCAUGUCCAAGAAGAAAAUCAGGCGGCACCUCCGCGCCUGGGCGGCCAACGGGACGUGCCAGCCCUCGGAGCUGGAGGUGUGUCCCAGCCAGGUGCCAUGCCCAGUAUCCCAUCCCCAAACCUGGGCAGCUAACGGGACAUACCAGGCCUCAAAGCCAGAGGAGUGUCCCAGUAGGACACCGUGCCCAACAUCCCAGCCCCAGUCCUGGGCGCCCAAUGGCACCUGCCAGCCCUCGGAUGCAAAUGCCUGUCCCAGCCAGGGGCCGUUCCCGGCAUCCCAGUGCCCAACAUCCCAGCCCCAAACCUGGGCAGCCAAUGGGACCUGUCAGGCCUCGAAGCCAGAGGAGUGUCCCAGUAGGACACCGUGCCCAACAUCCCAACCCCAAUCCUGGGCGCCCAAUGGCACCUGCCAGCCCUUGGAUUCAAAUGCCUGUCCCAGCCAGGGGCCGUUCCCGGCAUCCCAGUGCCCAACAUCCCAGCCCCAAACCUGGGCAGCCAACGGGACCUGUCAGGCCUCAAAGCCAGAGGAGUGUCCCAGCCAGACCCUGUGCCCGUCCUCCCAGCCACAAGCCCCGAGCAGGGACUGUGGCACAGUGUGGCAGGAGCCCGGCCCGGCCAGGUGCUCGAUGUCACCUGGAAAAAUGAUGUACACGUGCACUGAGUGCCGGGAAACCUUCUCCAACCAGGGCUUCCUGACGGUGCACCAGCGCCGGCACUCCGGCCACCACCUCAUCCUGUGUCCCUGCUGCAACCGCAGCUUCACCUGGGUCUCGGACUUUGUCCGGCAGCACUGGAUGCACAUGGGCGUGCGGCCCCACCAGUGCGGCAUCUGCCAGAAGACCUUCAAGAGGUUCUCCCACCUCAAGGCGCACCAGAGGAUCCACAGGCGGCAGGAGCGGCCGUUCACCUGCGCCAACCCGGUGCCCAUGGCGGCACCCGCAGCAGGAGACGGGGUGGGAAGCCAGGCUGUGGCCCCCCAGGGAUGGAACGCUGCUGUGGGACCUUGAGGUGUCCUCCCGUUGGAUCUCAGGGUGUACACCCAGGGGUGGGAAGCUGCUGCUGAAAUUUGAGGUGACCUCCCAGAGACUUAAGGUGACCUCCCGCGAUGCUGCUGGUGGACUUUGAGGUGACGUCCCGGACACAGGGUGCUGCUGAUGGACUUUAAGUUGACCUCCCUAGGAUAGGAGGCUGCUGUCUGAUCUUGAGGUGAAGAAAGGGAUGGUGCUGCUGAUGGGCUUUAAGGUGUCUUCUCAGGAAUAAGAUGCUGCUGUUGAACUUUGAGGUGAUCUCCCAAGAACAGGAUGGUGCUACCAGACCUUGAGGUGACUCCCAGGGAUGCAAUGCUGCUGCUGGAUUUUGAAGUGACCUCCUGGGGACCGGAGGCCACUGUCAGAUCUUUUCCCCUCUAUCCCUCUCCAGAUGAAGGCUGGAACAUGGACAUUUUCUGUCUCCCCUGCCCUGGUGUGGGGACGGGGGGCACCUGCCCAGCCCAUGUGAGGGGGGCUCCUUGUUCCCAAGCCCUGUGGGGUGGGUGGGAUGCUGGGAAUGGGUCUUUUUUCUGGAGAGUGCCAAUAGAUGCUGUAGAAACCA